AUGACCUACUCCAGCGCCGAAGUACUCGUGCCGCACAAACUGAAGAAUAGCUAUAGAGCCACGCCCUGCGGGACAAGGAACACCUCUGUCUCGUGCGUUGAUGUUGUGAACGAGUACGAGAAGACACUUACUUAUAAGCGCAUGAGUGGAGAAGGUGAGCCGUAUCUGUGUGUGCGCGGAGAUGCCCACCUUAGUGAAACCUGGAGUCGACGCUGGUAUCGAGCGACCAUCUGUGAGUGA